AAGAUAAUAAAAUUAUGUGUCAUUAUUCAUCUGUCAAACGUUUUAAAAGAUCUCAAAAAUUUAUCUAAAAAUUUUUAAAUUAUUAUUGUAUUCAAAUCUGCGCGCUCUUUGUGACGUCAAGAGACUGCAUUCUCCGAAAGAUUUUCGACCUCUGUCGGCGAUUCUAGUGUGUGGUGUGUGGCGGGCGCAGCCAUAUUGAUAGUAAGAAAAGUGUAGAGUAUUGGAAUUUUGUGUUAGGUGCUGUGAAUAAAAGAAAUCUGAAAUCAUCUCAAAAAUGUCCGAGCGGGAGGAUAAUGUAUACAAGGCAAAAUUAGCCGAACAAGCAGAGAGAUACGAUGAAAUGGUGGAAGCCAUGAAGAAGGUAGCGAAGCUGGACUUGGAACUGACUGUAGAAGAAAGGAAUCUCCUCUCUGUAGCUUAUAAAAAUGUCAUUGGUGCAAGGAGAGCGUCGUGGCGUAUAAUUUCCUCCAUAGAACAGAAAGAAGAAUCAAAAGGUACUGAUGAUAAGCUAGAAAUGAUCCGCCAGUAUCGUUCACAAGUAGAAAAAGAACUUAGAGAUAUUUGCUCAGACAUUCUUGGAGUACUAGACAAACAUUUGAUACCUGCCGCCUCUUCGGGAGAAUCCAAGGUCUUCUAUUAUAAAAUGAAGGGUGAUUACCACAGAUACUUGGCCGAAUUUGCAACUGGAAACGAUCGCAAAGACGCUGCCGAACAUUCUCUAGUUGCUUAUAAAUCAGCCAGCGACAUCGCCAUGACAGAGUUAGCACCAACACAUCCCAUCAGACUGGGUCUUGCACUUAACUUUUCUGUCUUCUAUUACGAGAUUCUGAACAGUCCAGACCGAGCAUGUCGUUUGGCCAAAGCUGCUUUCGAUGACGCAAUCGCCGAGUUGGAUACCCUUUCCGAGGAAAGUUACAAGGAUAGUACGUUAAUAAUGCAGCUUUUGAGGGACAAUCUAACUCUCUGGACCAGUGAUAUGCAAUUAGAUGGUGAAGAUGCAAACAAAGAACAAUUACAAGAUGUAGAAGACCAAGAUGUAUCAUAACUUGCAAAUGUCACAUGAGGCAAUAUAUCGAACUGUUGAGUGCUGUGUAGUGCGGGGCAUUGCCCAGACAUUGUGAAAGGGGGGCGGGGCAAGUAGACAAACAACUUGCCCCAACCAUCCUAGUACAUACUGUAUUAUUAUUAUUAUUACUAGCUGUAACAAUAUAUUCUGUAACUGUUUUGUCUCUCCCAAAUGAAUGCGAAUGAAUGAAUGGAAUAACCAAUUUGUCCCGGCCGAUUUGCGGACGACCGAUCAACUUAUAUCAAAAAUGAGCACUAUAACUUUUGAACGAAUUCCUUCUUACCAACUGUCAGACUAUACAAGUACAUAUUUUUACAGUUAUUUAUAAAAAAAUGUUUUUGUUAACUUAUUAUAUAUUUAUCAAUUCAAAAUUGAUAUUGUCGCCGUUUGAACGUCAGAAUAUUCAUUUUUAAACAGCACCUGGCAGUUGGGAGAUGUCAAUUGCAGUUUAAAAAUGUUAGUGCACAUAGGUGAUUCGCAAGCUCGGAUAGGAAUCAAGUGGAUGUACUAGAACUUACGCUUUAGAUAUUUAAUGUUGGAUUCUUUUGUAUUUUUAUCUUAAAUAAAAUUUAAUAGUAUUUAAAUGAUUCAUUACCAUUUUGGUAUGAUCAUAUAAUUGAAGCAGAAAUGUUCAUAUACCUCAGUGUGAAAUAUUUACUAUCUUAAGGAAUUUAUGUAGGCAGCAACAUGGACAUUGUACUCAAUUUUAGUUUUAUCUCAAAAAGACUGUAUCAAAAAGUAUUAUCCAACAUUUUGAGAUUAUUUUAUUCGAUGAAACUGCGUUUUUAAUAAUCAUUUUUUAAUUACCAUUAACAGAGGCUUCUCAAAUUUUAUGUCAAAUACAAGAAAAACAUUAAAGUAUAUUUUGACAAUUUUCUUUUUGUUUUUUUUUUAUAUUUUUAACUAAUAAAAUUAUUAAAAAGUCAGUAUUUUUAAUUGAAAACUGCAGAUAAUACAUAAUUCAAAAUAUUUCAUAAAUAAAGGGGCCACCAGUUUAAUAAAUUAUUUACUAUAUGAAUAAAAGUAGCAUUUUUAUAUAUAUAAUAUCCUGGAUAUGGGUCACAGGCUUCAUGUGCAAUGUUUUAAUUGAGGAAAGUUUAUUCAAAUAAACAAAUGGUGAUAACCCUAGAAAUUUUGAAUAUCACAAAGUUGGCACAGUACUGAAUCAUAUUUGACUUUACUUAUAUUUAGAUAAUGAUAACAUAUUCACUUGAUUAUAAACUUAUCGACAAUUGAGUAAGUAUCAACCAGGUGGAUCAGUUCAAUAACAUUUUAUUCUUCAGAUACCAUGCUCUCGUCAUCAGCGCAAUUUGACCUUUAUAAGUGUCAUACUCCAUAUCAUUGACGAAUAUUCUUCAGUCUGAAAAUAUGCAUCAGACAUAGAGUUUCAUUCAAUGUCUCUUUUUAUUAUCAAAGAAUUCAAGUGUUUCUGUAAAAGUUGACUACACAAAUAUGUUUAUUGUUAUGCUGUAUUAAAUAAUGCUCUGACCUGGUCUUAACCAAACUUCUCGCACCUUAUCCCAGUUGUCAUUGAAUUAACAACCCAUAUAUUUGUGUGAUCCCAAUGUUUGUAUUGAAAAAUUGUAAAAUCUGUUUCUGGUAUGAUUGAACUAUGAUAUAUUACGACCUCUGCCAUCUGAAGUACAUCAAUCAGUUUUAUUUGAAUCAUUUAAUGAAACAAUAAAUCUUCAAGAACAAAGAAGAACAGAAAUGAGUAGCGAACAGCAACCUCCAAAUAGGGGGAAAGCUGAGGAAUAAGAAUGAAAUAAUAAAUCAUAUGUUCAGCUGCCGAGAAAUUAAUGAGUUACCUAUGACGGUAUUAGAGGAUAAAUUCUUUGAAACUCUUUUAAAAACUAAUAAACUUAUUUCAGUAUACUUAUCUAGAACUCAAAAGGAGAAGCCUAUGAAAAUAGGGAGUAGGAUGUUGGCACUAUCUUCAAGAGUUGGGUAAUAAUAUAUAGAAAUAUUUCUUAUUCGAGCUUAGCCUUGUCAUUUUGUGAAACUAUGGAUCACACAACUAAAGGAAGCAUAUAAAACAACCACAUAUGAAACAAAAAUGUAUUGAAGCCUGUGAAAGUCCACAUCCCUACAUCAAGGUUAAUAAUAUACGUCUAAAUUUAUUUAAAUCUUCAUUCAUUCAGUUUUAUUUCUAAUGUAUAAGUAGAUAGAACUAAAUAUGUGCACAAAAGUGUAAGUUCUAUCGAAAGCUGGCAUUUAAGAUUGAAAAAUGAGGGUGCAAUGUCCAUUGACUUAUUUUAUUUCCACCUCUGACCAAUUGCAGUGAUUUAAGAAAAUGUAUUUUAUAUUUCCUUUUGGUAUUUACGCUUAAAACGACUUUCCGCUUUGUGCUACUCUUGCAGAGCUAGAGCAUAGCGCUGAUAUCAUUUUAUUUGUUUAGGUAUGGAUACAUUUUUUUUAAAACACGCAUAUAUCCGUACAAAUUGCAUUUCGUUUUUUGUAUUUUUUUAAACCAAUAACUUAGGUAUUUAUUUGCAUUUCGUAGAGCAAUAAUACUGAUGAUAUCACUAGAUAUACAGGAUGUAACACAAAAAGUUUGUUAACCUACGAAUUUAAUGAUAAAAUAUUCCUUUUAAGUUAGGUUUUGCAUCCAUACAUUUUUUUAGAGGGAUAAAAGCAUAUAUUAUACACCACGUUUAACGUAAAAUCUAUUUGGUGGUGCAGUACAUGUCAGAUAAGGUGAGUUGUAGGGUAGAUUCAUGUGUUUUAACAUGUCUACUGGCAAAUAAAGAUCUUGUCAAAAUCGACUGUCACAGCCUUUUUCCGAUUUUAGGAACUAGUGAGGAUAACUUGACCAUUCGGGCGUUAAGCAUUCAAGUUAAUACAUUUAAAAAUACAUCUGACUGUCAAUUUUCAAAUAUCUAUCUUGUAUCGUGGUUCUAGCACUCUGCAUUGAAAUACCAUAUGGAACUUACAACCAUCUAAUAUCAAGGUUGGUUCAGAUUUAAUGUUACAUAUUGUAAAGAUAUCGCUUAAACAAGCAAGUUCUGAUCAAGAAGAGUUGAUGGUACCAGGAACUAUCCCCAGAAAACCUCUUAGACAGGAACUUCCAGAGCAGGCGAUGGGCUACCUGGAAAGUGAAAGUGUUUGCACUGACAGGGACCAAUGGUGGAACUUUGUCGUGAUCCUAUGUUCCACAAAUGAAAGAUCUAAGGGGAGCUGCUAUUUAUUCAUGGAUUCUUUUUCCUUUUUGAGGUUUAUGAUAAAAAUUUCGAAUGUUGCGUUAUAUUCUUGGAGCAAUUUAUUAUUAAGUUCUAUCUUAAUUUUCUCAUAUAAUUGUAUGAAGUUAGUUCGCACCUCAGGAUAAUACAAAGGGGGUGACCUGCUUAGUUUAUAUAACAAUACAAUGUUCAGUCUAUAACGCACGCGUACUUUAAUCUUCGCGGUUCUUUGAAUUAUUAGGUUUGAGGCUAAUCCCUACUGCUCGUUUUCUUGUGCAAAUUGUACUGGAAGAGUUUUAAAAUAUGCAAUAUAUGUACGGUAAUAUUUAACUAUAUUUUUAUCCCCAAGUGUCACCAAAAUAUAGCUUAAACGAUAUUUAAAGUGUAACUUAACAUAACUAUUCUAUUCCAUUAAACACUUAGGUAGUUACUUUUAGAAAUAGCUUAUGUGUUGGAUGUUUUCUAUACAAAAGAAGUGAGUUUAAAGUUUAGUUCGUAUUUAGCUCAUUGACUGAAAUUCCUUUAUAUUGUGGUACUACCAAUUUUACCUGUGAACAUGUUUUAUGCAACCGAGUAUGUUACAUUUUGUAUGUUGAAAAAAAAAAAACUUGUAUGUGUCCCCUUCGGGUUUUGAUCUGCAAAUUAUUUACAAUUCCUCACCUUACAUCACUGUUUUGAGAAAGUCUUUGGAAACUGGCAGUACAGUACUUAAUGUAUAUGUUCCAAUUACGAUGAUUUUGGAUCGUCCCAAAAACUUGAUAAAUAAACUGUCUUUUUCAACAAUUUAUUUAAAUAAAAUCUAUGCAGCAAUUAAUUUUACAUCUUUGUGCUUAUGGGAGGAUCUAAGAACUCGAGUUUGGUGUACUUGGUACUUAAUAAUUUUUAAAUUAUGCAAGUAGUGUGCUGGUUUUUUUAAGACAAAGUUCAUUCGUUAAGUUAUCUCCUUUGAAAUUGUAAUUGCAUUUUUUAUUAAGCGUAUGAAUGUAAACAAAGCUGUGUAGAUUGAUAUAAAAACUUUGAUGUAC